AUGAGUAAAAACAAAAAAAAAAAAAUUUUAGAAAAUGAUUUAGAAAGCUCUGAAGAUUUACUAUCGAAACAAAAUAAAAUAAUAAAUUUCGAUGCAGUUCGUAAAUCGAUUUACGAAGGGGUUCCUGGACAAAAAAAAAAAAUAUCUGAACACGAUCGAGAAUGGAAUUUGAAAAUGAAUGAAACACAAGAAUGGUUCAUGAGAUGUUCGUGGAUCAAUAAAUAUCUUUUUUUAGAAAGUCUUUGCACAUCCACGACCGGAUGCUACGUAUUGGAAAACGUUUUGAAAUCGAUUGAAUCGAUUAUAUCGAAAGACGUGGAAGAAUCCCUCACGACUGAUUACACGGAAUUUUCUUACGAUAGAAUACCGAAAGAUGACAACAGAUGUUUUUCAUGCGAUGUUCUAAAUGCUUUGGUUCGAGAGGAUUUCAUAUGGUUUUCAAAAUUGACACCCGAUCGACAAGUAUCCGCCAUAUUGAAAUUAUUAAAAAUAUCCGGAGGAGGACUGUUGUACAUGUUAUGUAAAUCUUUGUUAUCCGUUUACAAUAAAAGAAAACGAGAGAAUCGCGUCGUGCUAUCCGAAUACGAAGAUCGCGAAAAUGCAUCAUCGAAUCGGAAAAGCAGUAAAAACGAAAACAAUACCGAGGAAGAAACGGGAACGAUAGAAAACGAUGGAGAAAGUGACGGGGUCAUUAACGAAUAUACAAAAAAAAAAUUAAUGCAAUUAUCGAAAAGGGAAAACAAUUUGAAAAAAUAUAAAAAAUCAAAAGGGAUAAUAUCGUCGAGCGAGGGAAAAAUAAAAAAAAAUGAUGGCGUGUCAGAAGUUGUUGAUUAUUUACAAAUCAUGCCGAUAUAUUUAAAUCGUAGGAUAAUGUGCCACGUCGUUGAUGAAAAACUUUUGACGAAUUUAAAGAAAGUCGGAAAAUAUUGGGUUAAAAUGAUUGACGAUUCAAUUAAUGAAAAAUCCGGUAGAAGAGCAAUUAAUGCUAAAAUCAAUAAAAUAAUCGCUACCAAUCAAGAAUAUUUAAUAGGGAAAGGUGAUAAAGGAAAUGACGGUGGGAGCGGUGACGGGGGUAAUAAUGGCGGUGGCGACGACGGAGGCACGACCCAAGACGAUGAUAACGAAGAAUUUUUAAAAAGUUUCAAAGAACUUGGAAUCAAAGGAUUUUUACGUAUUAAUAAUUUGUCCGAGUUCGUUUUAAAAGAUUCCAUGAAAACUUUAGAAAAUAUUUUAACGAAAAAUUGUCAAACGGUAAAAGUUGACAGUUCAAUUUUUAAAGAUUGUGUUUGCUGUUGGGAUAAAAAAAUGGAGGUCAUGGCGUGUUCGACAGAAAGUAAUGUUGUGGUUUUUUAUUCAAUGCGAACAGGAGCAAGAUUAAAUUUUACAGUUUUCGGUUUCGAUUCAAUGAUAACGUGUCUUUCACUACACGAAGAUAGAAUCCACAUCGUGGUCGGAUGCAAAAAUGGUAGCAUAACGUGUAAAAUAAUGAGAACGAAUAAAAAAUUUACAAAUUUUACCGGACACGUACAAUCUAUAAAAUAUUUAAUAACUACGUCAUCGAAUCUAUUAUCAAUGUCUAUUGAUAACGUGAUAAGAUAUUAUUCUAUUUGGUCUGGAGUUUCCUUAUAUUGCUUCGAUUUAAAACAAUCUUUUUUACAAAUUUCAUCUAUUUAUUUAUUAAACGAACCUAAAAUUUAUUGCAUUGGAGGUACGAGAAACGGUCGUUUGAUAUUUAUAAACUUUGAAAAAAAAUUAUUCGAAAAAAAUUAUAAAAUAUAUGGGGAAAAUGAAGAAGUAACGCAUUUGGCAUCGGAUAAAAAUUAUUUAAUAACCGCGUCGAUUUUCGGGUUGAUUCGAAUUUGGGAUUUGGUCCAAUUGGGAUGCGAUUCAUUCGAUAUAAAUUUAUUUUACACCAUCCGUGUCGGCGAACCAAUUACAUCCCUUUUUUUAUAUCAAAAUCAGGUACUGCCACUACUACUACCACUACUACUCACGAUUAAUUUUUAUAUAUAUAUAUAUAUAUAUUUUAUUAGGUAA